UUGGCCAAUGAUAGUGCACGCAUUCAUCGUAGCGACUGUCUCCGAAAUCAUACGAGAACUUCAAAGCUUCAACCACCUAAGAAAGCCCCCGACGUAGAAACCCAUUCUUCAACAGCAAACAAAAGCACGUCGUCAAAAUGGCCUCUCGCAUCUCUCGCCGAUUCCUCUCCACCACCGCCCGCCGCUUCCAGGAGCACCAGAAGGCCGAGCUCAAGAAGGAGUCUCGUCGCAACCCUGAGAUUCUGAUUCUCGGCGGUGUUAUGGUUGCUGCCCUUGGCGGUGCCGGCUACUUCUUUGGCCGAUCUCCCACCGGCGCUACCUCCGAGUCUCCCGUCACCAUCGCUACUCAUCCCUGGGAGAGCGGUAGCUCUGGCAAGUACCAGUACCACCCCGGUGGUGACCCCAACGCAGCUCCCAAGGACGCUCCCAGCGCUCUCAACGUUGUCGUCGUUCCCAACGUUACCCUUCCCGCCGAGCUUCACGAAAAGUACAACAAGUGGGGCAAGGACGGAUACCCUUAAAUCACGAAUUUGGAAUGAUGUUGAAGCUGGCUACAUGAACAGGCAUGUAUUGUAGGGAAUGAGGGGAGAGCUUAUGAGUUGGAUCAGUCAGGUCUCUCACGCCCUGUGUAGAAAGAAGGACAAAAUGGGCUUGAUUUAAGCAACCAUCCAUAGUUCACAUACGACGCGCCGCGAUUUUCUUAGCUCUGUGUCUUUCAACUAUAAUUUGACUUAUCUCCGGCCUCAAUAUGUCUGUGCCUGAUCUCCGGCUCACGGGAAUUGACCGGGCCAAAGGCUGCUCUGGAUAUGUUCACAUGGGCCCCCAAUCACACCGGCCAAAUGGCAUGAUUUCACAUACGUCACAGAAUAACUCUUGUUUCUCAUUGUUUCUCGUUACUUCUUGGUAUCUCAUCACUCACCACUACAACGCCCGUCAUUCCUCGUAAUAUCCUAAACUCCUAUCUUCACCAGUCUUGUGACAACUUUGUCUGAACUCAACGCCGACAACUAAACAACCAACGCAUCAAUCUCUUCGGAAGUGAAUCCAAGAAGAUACAGGAGAUCCAAGAGGCUCUCUCCGUUCAGGCGGGCGUUAGCUUCCAUCUGAACACGGGGCUUUGCGUUCCAUGCAACUCCCAGACCUGCCUUGUCCAGCAUGAGCAAGUCGUUGGCGCCAUCACCAACAGCAAUGACUUGACACUCAUCAAUGCCCUCCUUGGCAGCAAUGUCAACGAGAAGAUCCCUCUUCCUCUCCUUGCCCACAAUGACCCCCUCGACCUCACCUGUGAACUUGCCGUCUUGAAUAACGACGUGGUUCGCGUGGGCGUAAUCAAUGCCCAGUUGGCCAGCUAGCCAUCCUGUCAACGGCUGGAAACCGCCUGAGAGAACAGCUGUCUUGACACCCAGUCGCUUGAAGGCCAUGAUCAACUCUGGUACGCCCUUGGUGACGUCCAAUACUGGCCGCAGGCCUUCAAACAGGUUGGCGGGAAGGCCCUUCAGAAGAGCAACUCGCUCGCGGAAAGAAGCCUCAAAUUCCAGCUCGCCCAUCAUGGCACGGUGCGUAAUCUCGGCGACUCGUGCAGCCAGAUCUGGGGGAUCCUUGACAUGAUCAGCCAAAAGGUCAAUCACCUCUUGAGUGAUGAGUGUGCUGUCCAUGUCAAAAACCACAAGUCGAGGGUGGCGUCUCCACACUGUAUCUCGCUGCAGGACCACAUCGACGUUCCAUUCCUGCUCAAAUCGAUAGAUCAUCUCAUGCUUUCUCAGGUCGUCCAGGCUCAGAUACUCGGGUGAUGGCGUAGGAGAGAGGGUGAGCUCAACAAUGCGCGGUUGCUCUUGGUUAUCCAAACAUCGAUGAGAGGAGUGAGGCUCAUCGGCGUCCUGAGGAAGAGGGAAUGAAGACAUGAGGUGAAGGAAUGAGGUGAUGCAUAGAGGUGAGAUGUAGGAACCAUAGAUGUGGUCGAGCUGCUCUGACUCUUGAGUUGGCGGCUCCAGAGGAUACUCGUUGGGAUCAGUUGUCGGGGCCAAGUUGGCGGGCAGAGACUCGUUACUGUCUGCAAAGGUGGUUUUGACGGGAGAUCUGGAGCCCUGAUCCUCGCCCCUUGGCUUAUAGAAAAGGGUCGCGAUAAGACGAUCCGACUUCUCACCAGCUCUGGGGGCGCAAUUGGGGUGAGAGUACGAGUGGCUCAGUCCACUGUCGACGACAGUCGGGGGGUUCUCCUCGGACGGGAUGCCAUUGAAGGGCAAGAUAGGCCUUGUCUGGGGAACGGGUGAGUUGCUGGUGUCCUCUAUAACGGUGUCAAUGCCGUGGAACAGCUGAUCCUGUCGAGCUGAGUCGGGUCGAGGAGGGCGGUACUCCUGGUGAUCACUAAGGUAUGAGCUGCUCCUCAUGGAGCCCAGCUGCGGCCGUGUGACAUUUUGUUUGGUGGGACUUGUCUGGUCUGCCAUUGUGUUGACUGCCUUGCCUGUUUGUGUGUGUACUGUAAUGUAAUUGCGUACGUGCGUGCGCGCGCGGGGUGAGAUUUGCUAACGUCUGACUGACUGGCUCUGACUGGUCCCGGUAAUCAAUAGCGUCCGUCAGGGAAGAGCUGAGAUACGAGGUUUAAAGCCCAGAAAGGAGAAUAAUAAAUGUUUGAAUCAACGUAGGUAGAUAGGAUAAGUGAUAACGCGCAAGCGCCUAUGGUACAGCGAGCAACGGACCCUAGAAGCUUGCGUUGAAUCAAUAUUCAGACUCCAAAUAUGAGAGGGUAGUGAGCGUGGGUAGGUUAGUAGGCAGAAUGUCUUUCGCCAGGGCACUUCUCUCCGUGUCUUAGCCCCG